UGGAAACUGGAGAAACAAUCACAAACCUUGUAAAGGUCCAGACAGGAAUUUGUGGUUGGAGUGUAAUCUUACUCAAGUAUAUGCAUGGUGAAGAUGCAAAGUGCUUUAUUCUACCUAUUAUUCUUACAAACUUGGUUGGAAAAAUGCUUCCAAUACUUGGUUUCAGAAAUAAGAAAAGAAGAUACUUUGUUCCAACCACCAAGCUACAUUUUAAUCCACAAGAGUAUCCAGAGUAUAGUAUUAUGUACAUUGGCAGAUAAUCACAGUCUUUCCGUACAUACCAACAAUGGCUGCUCAGAGAAUGUGUCCGAGAGAAGCUAUUGAGAGGAGCAACAGCAAUCAACGUCCUGCUGUUGAUAAUAACUGUGAUUCAGUAAGCAUUGAGAUCAAAGAGGUUGGUGAGAGCUCAUGCUGUUCACAUAGCUCCAAUAAGUGGCUGGAGUCCAUUAUGGAGGAGGGAAACAAGUAUCUGCACUCCGGUUUGCAGAAGCCUAAGAUACAAGCGGUUCAACCGUUUCUUCGUGAGGUUGAAACCAACAAGAAAUCAUAUGAUCCCAAGGUGGUUUCCAUUGGUCCCUGCCAUCAUGGAAAACCAGAGCUCCAACCUAUUGAGAGGCUCAAAAAACCAAUGGUACUACUGUAUGUCGAAAAAAGGCAAGUAAAGAUUCAUGAACUCUAUGAAGAGGUGGUCAAGGUGGCCAGUGAUGCGAGGAAGUGCUAUGCUGAGGGCUUAACAGAAAGGUUCAAUGACGAGGAAUUCACUCACAUGAUGUUCCUUGAUGGUUGCUUCAUCCUUCACUACAUUUGCAGCAUUGUAGAAGGGAACCAUGAAGAAUUGAAGAAAAUCCCGCAAAUAGCCUUGGUGCGUAGAGACUUGUUGUUACUAGAGAAUCAACUACCAUUCCUAGUCCUCAGAGUUUUAAUGAGACCGAGUUUUGGAAUUGCUGAAGGGGAAAAGAUGAUCACCGCUUUCAUUAAGCGCAUAAGGGGAGAGCCCUCAAAAGCAGUUGCGCUGCUGGAACAAAUAAAAUACUUCAUUCGACAGCAUAGUUUGGGAUUGAAAAGCCACUCCGAGGUUCAAAUACAAGACAGGAAGGACAAAGAUGAUGACGAACCAGUUCACCUUCUUGAACUUGUUCGAAGGCAAUUCAUAGAUCCAAAAGCUUUUGGAAUUGGGUGUGUCAUAAGCAGUAGUUGGUACUCUCGUCGCUCAGCAAAGGACUUCAAGAAUGUUGGGAUCCACUGCAAGCCUAGCAGGACUCAUCUGUUCACAGAUAUAGAGUUCAACCCUAAAUUCAGUUAUGGGAUUCUGACUCUUCCAAAGAUAAUCAUCGAUGACACAACAAAGUCUAUGCUUUUGAACUUAGCGGCCUAUGAAGUAUGCCCCGAUAAUGCCAAUGACCUGGGGGUGACCUCUUACAUAUGCUUCAUGGAUUCAAUCAUCGAUCAAGAUGAGGACGUGAAGGAGUUGCGGUCUAAGGGCAUAGUCAUGAACUUCCUCGGGAGUGACACGCAAGUGGCGGAUCUUUUCAAUGAUAUAGCUACUGAAUUGGCUCCUAGCCCUCAUGCUUAUCUGCAAGUUAAGAGUGGUAUUGAGAAGCACCAUCGGAUCAGUUGGAAAAGUUGGAUAGCAGAGUGGCAUCAUAGUUACUUUAGGAGCCCUUGGACUUGUAUUGCAGUUGCUGCUGCAACUUUGGCCAUCACCUUGGGUGUCGCUCAGACUGUUCUGGCUGCAUAUCAGACUUACCUAACAGCCCAUCCCCCAAAGGAUUAAAGGGUGGUUUUUUUAGGUGAUGGUCCCUCAAAUGGUAAAGAUAUGGUCUAAGAAGCAAGGACACUUCUGAGAAGGCGACACAACACUCGUCGGGCACUGGGUCGUCCAACUGAUCCUUUGUUAUUUAGACUUAGAGAUACUGUUGGAAUAAAAAACUUAAUUAUUAUUGGUGAUGCGUGAGUGUGCAAGAGAAAGGGACGAAGUGAGAGUGCUAGCUGGUACAUGUGUGUGGGGUUUCUUGGUGUGUUUAAAUAUAUGGGUGUAUGAUUUAUGCAAAGUGUGGGGGGGGGGGGGGGGGGGGGGGGGGGGAGAGAGAGAGAGAGAGAGAGAGAGAGAGAGAGAGUGAGAUGAGAGUGAAUUGUAAUUUUGUACUGUAAUUGUGUGAGUUUGAUAAAUAAAGAGUUGUGUUUUA